AUGUGGACACUUCUAUCUCUUGUGGGGCUGGCUGUUUCUCACCUAAAUCCUGGGAGUGGAAAGGGCGUGGAGAUAGAGCUUGGAGACAGGCUGAUAGAGAGCAUCAAUAGAAACAUCGAAAGCUUCAAGAAGCUGACUGGAGAGGGGUUCUUUGGGGGAGAGAAGAUAGAAAGAUGCUACUGA